GCCGGUGCUUUGCAUAAUUGUGUCUUGCUUAAUUCAUUUAAUCUGAUAAUAAAUGCAAUACAAAUGUUAUUUAAUCUAUUUCAACUAUAUCUUUAGAGAAUCGUAUUUUUAAAUAACUCUUUCAGGAACUACUAUCGUGGCAUAUUCUCCCGGUUCUUUUUAAUUGUAACACACAGCAGCGGUGAAGAUGGCAGCGCCUGUAAUGGACACAUGUCAUGUCUUUUGUUGUGCUAAUCGCGCUCCUAAUGUUGUGUCAUGGGGCAGAGGAGGUCUUAUCGCAUUUGGGACAUGUAAUUCAGUUGCCCUUUAUAAUCCUCAGGAAAUAAGGAUUGUUGAGGUGCUGAAUAAACAUACUGGAAGAGUGAAUGCUGUCCAGUGGGUUCACAAACAAGACUGCAGUCCGGAAACCCAGCUGGUGUCUGGUGGGUCAGAUAAUAAUGUUAUUGUCUGGGAGAAGCAGGAUGGGAAGUUCACAGCAUGUGCAGUGUGUUCGGGACACUCCGGGCCCGUGUGUGCAGUGGAUGCCAUGUCUCUGUCCUCCUCUCAAUUACUGGUGGCAUCAGCUUCUUCUGACUCCACUGUCAAACUCUGGACGUGCAGCUCUGACACAGCUGCAUGCCUCCAGACCAUAUCUUUUGGGAGCGGGUUCAUGAUGGAUGUCUCCUUGGCACUGUUGCCAGGCAGCAGAGUUCCAGUACUGGCCUGUGGGGGAGAUGAGAGCAGAGUUCACCUGUAUGUGCAGCUCAGCGGACAGUUUCAGAGGCUUCUGAGUCUGACAGGACAUGAGGAUUGGGUCCGAUGUGUGGAGUGGGCCACUAAAGACGGAGAGCUCUGGCUGGCCAGCUGUUCACAGGACUGUCUGAUCAGAGUGUGGAGACUGUUUGCCAAGACUGUCACUGAAGCAGACCAGCAGACUGACGCUGUUCUCAAGAUGAAGGAGGAUGUUUUUCAAGUGUCUGGAGAUGAGUUUGCUGUGACUCUUGAAACGGUGUUGGCUGGCCAUGAAAACUGGGUUUAUGGAGUUCACUGGCAACCUCCAUGUGUCAAAGGUGACUUAGUGGAACAACCCCUGAAGCUGCUCUCUGCCUCAAUGGACAAGACCAUGAUCUUAUGGGGGCCAGAGGAGGAUUCAGGGGUGUGGGUGGAGCUGGUUCGUGUUGGGGAAGUUGGAGGAAACACUCUGGGUUUCUAUGGCUGCCAGAUGAGUCCGGACGGCUUUAUGAUUCUGGCUCAUGCCUUUCACGGAGCGCUGCACCUCUGGCACUGUGACAGCAACCAGGGAGAAUGGAGGCCUAGUGUGGUCAUUUCGGGUCACUUUGGCGCAGUGCAGGACUUGAGCUGGGACCCUGAGGGAGAGUUUAUCAUCACUGUCGGAUCAGACCAAACCACCAGACUUUUUACACCCUGGACCAGAAAAGGAUGCUCAGAGAUUACCUGGCAUGAGAUCUCAAGGCCGCAGAUUCACGGUUAUGACAUGCAGUGUCUGACUAUGGUUGGGCGUUUUCAGUUUGUGUCUGGUGCCGAUGAGAAGGUCCUGCGGGUGUUCAAGGCUCCAAGGAAUUUUGUGGAGAACUUUUCUAACAUAUCACACACCUCUCUGGAGAAACUGCUGGGCUGUAAUGAAAUAGCAGAUCUCCCAGAGGGAGCCAGCACUCCUGCCCUUGGCCUGUCCAACAAGGCAGUGUUUCAAGGUGACAUCGCAUCUAAGAGCCCUCAACAGGACAGUGAAGAUUUCAAUAGCCUGUCCGACCAAUAUAAAGAGUCCUACUUUCAACCUCUCAAACUCACUGAGCCUCCGAAAGAGGACGACCUCUUGCAGAACACACUGUGGCCAGAGGUACAGAAGCUGUACGGGCACGGUUUUGAGAUGUUUUGUCUGGCGUCGGAUUCUGCAAGGACUGUGGUGGCUUCAGCAUGUAAGGCCUCUAAACCAGAACAUGCUGGCAUUCUUCUGUGGAGCACAACUUCCUGGAAACAGCUGCAGUCACUGCCCUGCCACAGCCUGACCGUCACUCAGAUGGCGUUUUCCCCGAAUGGACACCUUCUGCUCGCCGUUUCUCGAGAUCGUACCUGGUCCUUAUGGAGACGAGGAAACCCUGACUCAGACACAGAGGCAAGCUUUUCUCUCUACGCAAACACGAGUAAGGACACAGCAGUUCACACGCGCAUUAUUUGGUCAUGUGACUGGAGCUCUGACAGCAAGUACUUUGUGACGUCAAGUCGAGACAAGAAGGUAAUCAUCUGGGGUCAUCAUGUUUCUGGAGUCAGUGUCGGUGAAUGUGAGGGUGAAAGCGUGACCCCCUGCUCCUCUGUUCUGGAUGUCGGAGAUUCAGCCACUGCUGUGUCUAUCUGCCCAUAUCUCUGUUCAGACCAGAGUUUUUUGCUGGCUGUAGGUCUAGAAAAUGGGAAGAUAGUGCUGUAUAAAUGGAGGCCGUUAGAGGAUUUGUCUUCUGGAUCAGACUGGAGCAAAUGUGGAGAAACCGAUGCUCGUCAGUCUCACACUCUGACGGUGAAGAGGCUGCGCUGGAGGCCGAGGCCGGGCCGGGCGGGCCAUGGCGGAGACGAAGAGCGAGCUUGGGUUCAACUAGCCAGCGCUGGUGCCGACCAUGUCGUCAAAAUCUUCAACAUCAAAAUAUCAGCCCUGUGAUGCAGUGCGCCCAGCUGAUAUUCAGUACGAAUGAAUCACAGUCACCUGAACUGCUGUGAAGUCUACAGUUGGCCUAAAUGUGCUGCUGUAAACACAGUUUUUCAUGGGGGAUUCUGGAAGCAGUUUUCUCGUUCCCUUAAAUCAGCUUCCCUUCUUCGAUUUCCAGCACUAUUGCUUAUGACCUGUAAACGGGAACUAAUGUACUAUUUAUGAUGUAUAAAAAAACCCAUAGUGCUUUGUAUUGUAAUAAAUGGCUCUUUUCUACUAA